AAAAAAAGAUCAAUGACAAAAAUCAAAAUCAGUUCAAGUUCAUAGCAAAAAGGAAGAGCUCAUUCAGCAAUUUUAGCAUUACUAUAGGACAAUCUAUAUACAUUCAGUAAUUCAUUAAGUGUAAGGCCUGACUGGACGCUCGAAGCGGAGCGUUCAGAUUUGCCCGGGCGUGCAACAUAGCGUUGGGCUCACAAGUGAUUUGAGCAGCGUGCACGUGCACUAAGGCCGUUUCUAUACGUUUGCAUUUGUUUAAUAUGCACGCCGCACGCCCCGCCCCACUGCACGCCCAUCUUUAGCGUCCACUCAGGCCUUAUACUAAUAGUUCUAACUUAAUUAUAAAAAACGUUUUCAAUGAAUAACAGUAGACUUGUUUCCAGUCUCAACUUGAAUCCACAAAUUUUGGGUACCCUACCGCGGCCAUCUUGGCGCUUCAACCGCCGCGUCCCGCCGCGCGUCAGUCGCCCGUCGCCCGCCCGUGUGCGAACCCGCGCGUUUUUUUACGAUGCAGUUCGAGUACGACCCUGAACGCCUCAUAGAAGAGGUUAAGAAGCGGCCCGGCAUUUGGGACUUCGACAAUGUGGAAUACAGGACGAAGAAUACGAGGCAUAAGCUGUGGAAUGAAGUCGUUAAUGAACUGUUGCAGACGAACGUCAAGGUGUCGAAGAGCGAAAUGCGCGAGCUAGAACUACAGCUGCAAAAGAAAUGGAAGAGCAUUCGCGACUGCUUCCAGAAGUACAUCGCGAACCCCAACCGAACUAGACGCCCGUAUUUAUACUGUAAGCAACUACAAUUUCUGCUCAAAGACCAGGAUUUACCCGCAGAAAAUGCAACAAGCGAUUCUGAAGAGGGUCCUAAGUUCAAGGUAAAGAAGAGGCGAAAGAUCUGGAAGCAGAAAGCGCCUAGAGAAGAGGAAGAUACAACAGAAGAGGAUGAAAAUUUUGACGAGGAUAAUAGAUCUAAUAACUCAGAUGACGAUGUGACGGUAGAGAGCCCUGUUACGAAAGUCACAAAGUGCAAACCGCCUGAGGAAUUUGUUUUUGCAAAUGUUGAUCUGCAGCCAGCGAAGGAGGGAGAGGACCCUGAUAAGUUGUUCUUCUUGUCUUUAUUGCCCCAUUUCAAGGCCAUACCUGAAGAGUUUCGAUUAAAUGUAAAGAUGGAGUUGAUGCAAGUAUUGCAAAAUGCUCACUACAAUACCGCACGCAGUAACAAACUGAUUUAAUUUGAGGUUCGUGACUAGUUUUAAUUAAUUAUUUCGUACAUUCGCAAGUAAAUUUUAAUGGGUGAUUCUGUUAAGUGAUAUUAGUUAUGUUACACAAUAACGUGUGUAAAAUAAAUGUAUGGCUGUAGG